GGGUGUUCUUGGGGGAAGGUUGUAUGCUGCAUUGCAAGCUCCAUGCAGUCAAGGCUAUCAAGGGAUGUAGUUGCACCUUUGAAACUAACUGAAAGAAAGAAGUUGGCAGCAUGAGCUUUCCUAGACUUCAGUCUCCUUACUCAGAUGCAUUAGUGGAGUGGAAACCAGGGACAGACAGAUAAAUGUGUUGCAACUGCUGUGAACAGUGCUAAUCCAGCCACCAACUCUCUUCAAGGUUCAGCACUAAUCCUGUGGACGAUGGGGAACCAGUUGGCCCCAGUGCCUCCCUUUCUUCCCCAUCUACAGGCUCUGCACGUGGUGGUAGUUGGACUGGACUCAGCCGGCAAGACCUCCCUGCUGUACCGCCUGAAAUUCCAGGAGUUUGUCAAGAGCGCGCCUACCAAAGGAUUCAACAUGGAGAAGAUCCGGGUGCCGCUGGGCAGCUCUCGCUCCAUCACUUUUCAAGUGUGGGAUGUAGGGGGCCAGGAGAAAUUGCGCCCACUCUGGAAAUCCUACAUGCGGCGCACAGAUGGAGUGGUUUUUGUGGUGGACUCAGCUGAGGCUGAACGCCUGGAAGAAGCCCGAGUGGAGUUACACAGGAUUGUCCGCUCCUCAGACAACCAGGGGGUUCCUAUGUUGGUGUUGGCUAACAAGCAGGAUGUGGCCCAGGCACUCUCAGUGGCUGAGGUGGAAAAACUGCUUGGCUUGCAUGAACUCUGCACCUCAACGCUCAGCCACAUUCAGGGCUGCAGUGCUGUCAGUGGACUGGGCCUUCAGCCAGCCCUGGAGAAGCUCUAUGAAAUGAUUCUCAAACGCAAGAAGGUCCUUCGCAACAGCAAGAGGAAGCGCUGAGGAGAAGGCGGUGGCAGCUGCGAGGGAAGCUAGCGAUUUGGACACUUUGCAACAGGAUGAAGGUUUAUUACUGCCCCAAGGCAGUAUGUGGACGAAAACAGGACAUGCCUCAUUUUCUAGUUUGGUAGACUCAAUGUUUGGACUGGUGGAUUGCUGGAAAUUGAUGCCAUGGACUGUAAGAUGGCAUUCUAUACUGGCAGCCUCCUCUAAUACUGAGGUUGGGGUUCCUCAGUAAGGUAUUUAUAUGAGGAGGAAGGGGCUCUUCUGAAGAGCUGAGGUUGAGGUACAAGGAUCCUUGAAAACAUCACCUCACUUCAACCACAAUUUGUUUAUAUCUUCUUCUUUUUUAAUUGUCACACUGGGCUCUUUUAUGGGCUCUUGUUUUUUGUAGAAAGCAAACCUUAAAUUAUUAAAUACUCUGUCUUGCAACAUUGGGUGAGGCAUUUUGGAAACCUUUCUUUGUCUCCAAGGCUGAUGAGGGUGGGAAGAGGGGGGAUAGAAUUCUCAAAUUCAUUGAGAAUAAACCAGAUGAUAAGAGAAAAGAAUAAUAAACAACAAAAUUCCUUCAGGCAAUGGUUAGAAAAGAUUGUGUUUUCAUGGGGAAGUAGACAAUGCCUGACCUCCAAACAAAGAUGUGCUAGAGUUCAAGGCAGUUCAGAGGUCACAUACCUUUGUUUUUAAAUCUAUUAGUACCAAACUGCAGAAACAACUCAGUUAGCUGUUGCUAUUCAGUAGUGAGGGAAACACCAGCACAUCUUGGAAAUACUGAAGGAUGUUAUUGUUUUUUACUACAUCUCUUAUACUGGCUAAUGACUAUGUGGGCUGUUCAAUUCUUGGAAGUGCAGUGCACAGAGGGAAAUGUUUCCAAACUUUGGGAAAGCUAGACUUUCCAAAUCUAGUACAUUCAAGAUGUGUUGGAAUGUUUUUGCCCAGAAUCCCUGGCCAGCAUGGCAAUUGCUCUGUAUGUUCACCAUUUAUCCAUGGGGUUAGUAAAGACCUAUUCCCACAGGCCUCACAGUUCAUGUCAGGUUCAGCCUCAAAAUGAAUUUUCAGUGCAGUGGGAGGAUUUCAUUUUUUAAUGACAAGGGAUCCCUCUGGACAUGCAAAUUAUGUACUUGAUUAAAAGAGAUCUCUCUCGAUCACUAUUCUAAAAAAUAAAAAUUAUCAAUGAAAUAUCCAUAUAAUAUUCUGUAGCUAUAAAAAAGAAACAAUUGCUCAUUGAUUCUUGCUGAGUUCACAUCAUUUUUCUAUUGCUAUUUGAGUCUGAACAUGCAAAUGGUGCGCUUUACAUGCCACCAGGUCAUUCCAAAACCCUGUACUUCUAGACUGAGACUUAGAGAGGAUGGUAUUUAAGCAGACUGAUCAUCCUGGCAGUUGUAGCUUUCAGGGUUUCUAACCCCAUCAACUAGAGAUAAAAAUCUGUGUCUGGAACA